AAUCUUCAUGUGUUGACAGAUCUGUGUUCACUGAUAAUUAUAAUCUCAAUGUUGAAUUAUUGAUUAAGAACUUGAGAGAUAUAAUAAUGAAGAAAUUGUCUAUAUUAUGUAUAACUAAGUCUUCUAUAUCUCUCUCUGCUCUCUUUGUUUCUUUCUCUGUCACUCUCUCUCAAUCUUCUAUAUCUAUCUCUGUAUCUGAUUCUUCUGCUUCUGCUACCUCUGUUUCUGAGAUUCUCACUCUUACUACUUCUGCUUUUACUGCUUCUACUUUCUCUGCCUCUGCUGCUUCUACUGUUAUCAUCAGCUCUCUCUGUUUCAAGAGGAUGUUGCAUAGACUUA